AUACCUACAGGAUAAUAUAUAUGUAUAUAUUUUUAUUCACAAGCAAGAAUAACAAAUCUAAAAAAUUGUAAACUAUGACUGAAAUUGAAGCAAAAAACAGGCUCCACAGCAGUAUCUUUCAUCCUUAUCUACGAGAAUGGCAUUCAAAAAACCUCCAAUUAACUCCAGCAAAUCUUAUGUAUCCAAUAUUUAUUUUAGAUGUUCCUGAUGAAAAAAAUGAAAUCGCUAGUAUGCCAGGUAUAUAUAGAUAUGGAAUCAAUCAUCUGAAGCAAAUGCUUCAGCCUUUAGUAGCCAAAGGAUUACGAUCUGUACUUUUGUUUGGAGUUAUUAAUGAUGAAUUAAAGGAUCAAAUUGGAAUAAGUGCUGAUUGCAGUGAUAAUCCGAUUAUUAAAACAGUGCCGUUGUUACAUAAAUGGUUUCCUGAUUUAGUGAUCGCGUGUGAUGUAUGUUUGUGUCCUUACACAAAUCACGGUCACUGUGGGAUUCUUUAUGAAGAUGGCACAAUUAAUAAUAAAGCAAGUAUAAUUAGGAUUGCUGAAAUUGCAGUAUCGUAUGCUAAAGCAGGAGCUCACAUAGUGGCACCAUCAGAUAUGAUGGAUAGUAGAAUAGGAGCCAUAAAAAAAGCUCUUGACAAGGCAGAUCUAGCUCAUAAAGUUGCUGUUUUAUCUUAUGCUGUGAAAUUCGCAUCUGGUUUCUACGGACCUUUUAGAGAUGCGUCAAAGUCAGCUCCUAAAUUUGGAGAUAGAAAAUGUUAUCAGCUACCUCCCAACAGUACAGGCUUAGCCGCAAGAGCUGCUGCACGAGAUGUUGCUGAAGGGGCUGAUAUGUUGAUGGUUAAACCGGGAAUUGCCUAUUUAGAUAUUGUUCGUAAAACAAAAGAUACUUAUCCAGAUUAUCCGUUAUUUAUUUAUCAAGUAUCUGGUGAAUAUGCUAUGAUAUAUCAUGCUGCUCAAAGUAAUGCUAUUAAUCUUAAAGAUGUGCUCACUGAAAUAUUAACUUCAAUGCAGCGAGCAGCUUUAAUGGUGUUAGGGCUAAUUGCAGCUACUGCAUCUUCGAAAGAAGAUAGUAAGAAGAAUGACGACAUUGGAACAGUUAUUGGAAUUGAUUUGGGAACAACAUACUCUUGUGUUGGUGUUUACAAGAAUGGUCGAGUUGAAAUAAUUGCCAACGAUCAAGGAAACCGUAUCACUCCAUCUUAUGUAGCAUUUACUGCAGAAGGAGAACGUCUGAUUGGUGAUGCUGCAAAGAAUCAACUGACCACUAAUCCAGAAAAUACUAUUUUCGACGCCAAACGUUUGAUUGGUCGUGAAUGGUCAGACCCAACAGUUCAACACGAUGCAAAAUUCUUCCCAUUCAAAGUAGUUGAAAAGAACAGCAAACCUCACAUUAAGGUAAAGACGAAAGACGGAGACAAAGUCUUCACUCCUGAAGAAAUUUCCGCUAUGGUUCUUGGAAAAAUGAAGCAAACCGCAGAGGCUUAUUUGGGCAAAAAAGUAACUCAUGCAGUUGUUACUGUACCAGCUUACUUCAAUGACGCUCAGAGACAAGCUACUAAAGACGCUGGAGCGAUCGCUGGUCUUGUUGUGAUGAGAAUCAUCAACGAACCAACUGCGGCUGCCAUCGCUUACGGUUUGGACAAAAAAGACGGCGAGAAAAACGUACUCGUAUUUGAUCUUGGUGGUGGUACUUUUGAUGUAAGUCUUUUGACAAUUGACAACGGAGUCUUUGAAGUAGUAGCAACUAAUGGUGAUACUCACUUGGGAGGUGAAGAUUUCGAUCAACGUGUUAUGGAAUACUUUAUUAAAUUGUACAAGAAAAAGAAGGGUAAGGAUAUCAGAAAAGACAAUCGUGCUGUUCAAAAGCUUCGUCGUGAAGUUGAAAAAGCUAAGAGAGCUCUCAGUGCCAGUCAUCAAGUUAAAAUCGAAAUUGAAUCAUUCUUCGAAGGUGAUGAUUUCUCAGAGACCUUGACCAGAGCUAAAUUUGAAGAAUUGAACAUGGAUCUCUUCCAGAGUACAAUGAAACCAGUACAAAAAGUACUUGAAGAUGCUGACAUGAACAAAAAAGAUGUUGAUGAAAUCGUACUUGUCGGAGGAUCCACCAGAAUUCCAAAAGUUCAACAAUUGGUUAAGGAAUUCUUUAAUGGUAAAGAACCAUCCCGAGGUAUUAACCCCGACGAAGCUGUUGCUUAUGGUGCCGCUGUACAAGCUGGAGUUCUUUCCGGAGAACAAGAUACCGACGCAAUUGUUCUUCUUGACGUAAAUCCUUUAACUAUGGGUAUCGAAACUGUUGGAGGUGUUAUGACCAAAUUAAUUGCCAGAAACACUGUUAUCCCGACCAAGAAAUCACAAAUCUUUUCUACUGCAUCCGACAAUCAACAUACCGUUACAAUUCAAGUUUAUGAAGGAGAACGUCCAAUGACCAAAGAUAACCAUCUUCUUGGUAAAUUUGAUCUUACCGGUAUCCCACCAGCACCCAGAGGAAUUCCUCAAAUUGAAGUAACCUUCGAAAUUGAUGCUAACGGUAUUCUACAAGUAUCUGCUGAAGAUAAAGGAACUGGUAACCGUGAGAAAAUUGUUAUUACCAAUGACCAGAACAGACUUACACCUGAUGACAUCGAAAGAAUGAUUAAAGAUGCUGAGAAGUUUGCCGAUGAAGACAAAAAACUUAAAGAACGUGUCGACGCUCGUAAUGAAUUUGAAUCUUACGCUUAUUCAGUCAAAAAUCAACUUGCUGAUAAAGAAAAGCUUGGAUCUAAAAUUUCUGAGGAAGACAAAGAAAAAAUAGAGACUGCUGUUGACGAGAAAAUUAAGUGGCUUGAAGAAAACCAGGAUACUGACCCUGAAGAAUACAAACAACAGAAGAAACAGCUUACUGAAAUUGUUGAACCCAUCAUCGCGAAGCUUUACCAAAGUGCUGGUGGUGCUCCUCCACCAACUGGCGGUGACGAUGAUGAUCUCAAAGACGAAUUGUAAGCUAGUUACAAGCAAAUACCAGUUCAUCUUAAAUCCAGACUGAAUUAAUUAAGAGAAAAUUAAAGCUUCCUAUUGCGAUAAUUGCUUCGGAAAAUUAAAUAUUUAAUUUCUUUUUUUUUUUUUUUUUACUAUCUCUUUCAAUUAACAUUAGCUAAUUGAUUCCGAAGUUAUUUAUCAAAAGGAGUUAUACCGUCGAGCAUUUAUAUAAGAUCAUAAAAUUACAAUUAUAAUUAUAUUACAAAUCUCAACGACGGUAAUGUAUUCUAGUUUGUUCUAGGUAAUUAGCCUUAUGAUGAGAUAAAAAUAUGUAGAUGUUAUUCUAUAAAUUUUGUACUGAUGAGGUUUUUCUUAAUUCUCAUUGGAUUUUUUAAUUUAUUGUUAAGUAAACAUAUAUAUAUUUUUUUUUGUAUGAUUAUAUUGUAUGUAACUGAGAAUAAAUGAACUUAAAAAUGCGUGUGAUUUUUGUCGCUCGUCAAAUGUUACAAAGCGUGCAAGAUAAUUAAAUACAAUAUUAAUGUAAAUUGUAUGUUUGAAUGUGUGAAAUAUGCUAGGAAUGUAUUAAUAUGAAAAUAAUUAUAAAUAAAUCAUUUUUUUCAAAAA